AUGGACUCUGAGCGUGAAAACCCUGGCGUAUCGCCGACAUCAGAAGUGGGAUCACAGCCCCAAGACUCUUCAGGGCCUCCAGAUGGGACGACCUUCACUAUGGAACAAGUGAUGGGUCUCCUAACCUCCAUAACGAAAACUGCCGCGACAAGCGCUGCGAGAGUGACGUUAUCCACGGAGACUGCAUCUUUACGGCGGCACCAUGACUUUUAUCUACCGCCGUUCAACCCUGAUGAGAGAUCACACGACAUCAGAGACUGGUGUGCUAACGUGGACGAGACCAUUACGAAGUUGAAUAUUUCACCCCAUGAAGCUCGAAUGAAGGCCAUCUUGCAAUUGAGAGGACGAGCAAAGACAUGGGCCGACACCUGGUCACUGCAUUCAACCACAUGGGAACAAGUAAAGGAAGAGCUGACUCAUACGUUUGGCAACCAGUUCCGGUACGCGGACGACGGGCAGAAAUGGCGCAGCUACACUUCCGACCAAGCGAGCAGCUACGCUGAAUAUGCUACAACGGCUUGGACGCUCUUCAGGAGGGUUCGACCAGAAGCUGCCGAUACCGAGGUUGUGGAGGCACUAAUCACAGGUAUUUUUCCUGAAUUUAUUCGUUCUGAGUUGUUGAGAAAUACCCCCAAUUCGUUUCCCAAAUUAGUAUCGGUUCUAAAAACAUUCCGAAAACGUAAAAUUGAAAAUAGAGAGAGUAAAUAUAAUGAUGUUAAGAAACCACGUGUUACGGGACCUUCAAAGGAACAAGUCGUAUGUUUUAGUUGCAAUAAGCCAGGUCAUUUCUCACGAGACUGCAAAAAUCCCUCCAAAAAUAACCCUGUUAUGUCACAAUCAAAUAAUAAUUUCAAUUCCCGUGGCAGUUCUAAUAACGUUAAGGUUAUCGAGUGCGAAUACUGUCUUCGUAAGGGCCACUUAGAGAAAAAUUGUUACCGCCGUCAAAGUGACGAACGCAAUGCCUCAAAUAAAACGAUUAACUAUUGUUCAUCUAUUAAACGUAGCACUUUUAAUGUAAUAAUUGGUAACAAAAAUUAUAACUGCCUUUUUGAUACAGGAGCUGACUGUUCAUUAAUUCGAGAGAAAAUAGCCGGCUCCGUUGCCGGAAAACGUAAACAAGUUGAUGUGAAGUUUAUCGGUAUUGGGGGUCGAACAGUUAUUUCAAAACAAAGCAUUACAGCUGUAGUUGAAAUUGAUAAUGUUCGCUUAGAGCUCGAGUUUUAUGUAGUGGGUGACAAUGAAACUCAAUUUGACAUCUUAAUAGGUUUUAAUCUUUUAAAAAUACCCGGCCUUAGCGUUACCAUUAGCGAGGACAAUAUAUCUAUUAAUCGCCAAUUUUUUAUCAAUGAAUGUUUAAAUUCGACAUCCUGUUUUGAAUUAGAUACCGACCUUACUAACCCAACACAAAUUAAAGAAAUCUAUCGUAUUAUCAAUAAGUUCAAAGAUAAUUUCACAUCUGGAAAUCGCGUGUCACAGGUGAGCACCGGGGAACUAAAAAUUAGAUUAAAAAAUCCCGAUAAGAUUGUGCAACGCCGACCAUAUCGUUUGUCCCCGAUGGAACGUGAGAAAGUCCGGGAUAUUAUUAAAGACUUAAAAGAAAAUGGCAUAAUAAGAGAUAGCUCAUCACCGUUCAGCAGCCCUAUAUUAUUAGUUAAGAAAAAGGACGGCACGGACCGACUAUGCGUUGAUUUUCGAGAGUUAAAUUCAAAUACCGUUAGAGACAAUUAUCCUUUACCCCUUAUAGCAGACCAAAUUGAUAGAUUAGGCAAAGCUCGAUAUUAUAGUUGCUUAGACAUGGCCUCCGGCUUUCACGGUAUUCCUAUAGCAGAAGACUCUAUCGAGAAGACGGCAUUUGUGACGCCGGAUGGACAGUUUGAAUAUCUUCGAAUGCCAUUCGGUCUUUGCAAUGCUGCGUCGGUGUACCAACGCGCCAUAAAUGCUGCCUUGGGUGAUUAUAAACAUAAUAUUGCUUUAGUUUAUGUUGACGAUAUUUUGGUUGUAUCUGAAUCUGUGCAGCAGGGUUUGAUGAAUUUGAAUCUUGUUUUGACUAGAUUAACUCAGGCUGGAUUUUCUCUAAAUAUUUCCAAAUGUUCUUUUCUCAAAACUAAAAUUGAAUAUCUCGGUAACAUUAUUGAAAAUGGCACUGUUAAGCCAAGCCCAAGAAAAAUUCAGGCUCUUACUGACUCUUUAACACCUAAAACUAUUAAAGAAGUUAGGCAAUUUAACGGCUUAGCAGGCUAUUUCCGAAAAUUUGUACCCAAUUUCUCUAAAAUCAUGGCCCCUUUAUACAACCUUACUAAAACAAAUGUUUCUUUUAAUUGGACUGAACGUCAUGAACUUGCUCGACGAAAAAUAAUUAACAUACUCACAUCUUCCCCAGUUUUAACUAUAUUUGACCCAAAUCUGCCAACUGAGCUACAUACAGAUGCCAGCUCAAUUAGUUAUGGCGCUGUACUGAUUCAGAGAAAAGACAAAAAUCCUUUAGUAGUGGCUUAUUUUAGUAUGAGAACUUCGGAUACAGAGAGUAAAUAUCACUCGUAUGAACUAGAAACUCUUGCUGUGGUUAAGGCUAUAAAACAUUUUCGCCAUUUCCUUUAUGGCCGGUCAUUUAAAGUAGUCACAGACUGCAAUUCCUUAAAAGCUUCGAGUCACAAACGAGACUUAACUCCUAGAGCGCAUAGAUGGUGGGCCUUCUUGCAAAACUUUCAAUUUGAAAUUGAAUACCGCAAGGGUGAUAAACUUGCUCAUGCUGACUUCUUCAGUCGUAACCCAAUUAAUAAUUCUAAUGGACGUCAAUUAAAUCAGUGUUUAGAAUCUAAUAAAACAAGUUCCUUAAUUUUGACCAUUAAUACCGCUACCCUUGACCAUAACUGGCUCCUUAUAGAACAAAAGCGCGAUUCAACUCUAGCUAGUAUUGUAAAACAAUUGAAAGGUGAUCCGAUUCCCAAAAAUAUCGCAGAAACUUACGUUAUACUCCAGGACAAAUUACUGAGACGUAAAGUACAAAUUAAUAACAAGACACAUAAGUUAAUUAUAGUCCCACGUAAUUAUAGAUGGAGUCUUAUAUCCCAUUAUCAUGAUAAUCUUCAACAUUUUGGCUGGGAAAAGAUUCUUGAAAAAUUACGAGAGCAGUAUUGCUUCCCUAAUAUGACCAGGUUAGUUAGAAAAUUUGUAGAAAAUUGCGUUAUGUGUAGAGUAAGAAAAGGAGUAUCUGGCGCUGACAGGUUACUUUACAUCCCAUUAACAAAAUAG